UUCAUGGGGAUGGGUUUAGUACAGGGUAAUAAUAGGAGAACUUGGAUUAUAGGCAUGGUUUGCUAGACUUUGGAGGGCAAAGGUGGAAAUGGAACAACCGUCCUGGAGAUGGGUGAAUUGUCAUGGUGGGCUGGGAAUAUGAAGGAAGGGAUGGCGUUUGUACAGGUGUGUGUUUAUGUGAUGCAGAGCAUAAUUUCUGAAAUGAAAGUUGAUCAUGGCUCUGGUCUGAUUUGGAAACUACUCCCAUAUGGAGUCUUGGGGGCUGCUUGGGGCCAGCCAUUCAGUAGUGCAAGAAAGGCACUCUAUUAUUCCUGCAGAGAAGAACCCACAUUAGCAAAAGGACACACAAAAUGCAGUGGCACUGUUACAGCUCCCAUUUGAGUGCUCCUGAAAAAGGUGGCUGUGCAGUGCGCCAUGACUGACAUAUCUGUUCACUGUGAGUUGCUGUACAGGCAGUGGAGCUGGCACGAAGAAUAUGCCGGUGAAUGGCCCUGAAGCUGCUACGGCUCUCUCUUUCCCAGGAUUCUACUUUUCCCAACCAAAGAAGGUGGGGCCAAAGUGUAAAGCAAGAGAGAGCAGUGGCACUGGAGGGGGCAGAAGGCCUGGAAGAAGAGUUGGCAGGUUGAAGUCUGAUGGAAAUGCACUCCCCAAGGCUGAACAUACGCGUCUGCGCUCCACCUGCCGUCAGCCGGGCAUGGCUUCCACUGUCAGCAGGCGCAGACAGGAAGGAUAUGCGACCUCUCUGAUCGAUAGGCGUGCCCAGCGUAGCACCGGCUUUGGCCUUUCCUUCAAUCCUGAGCGCCUCAAGGAAGCCAGACUGUACGUGGAGAGGGCUAUCAAGCAAAGGAAGAUCUUCAUGGUGCAUGGCCCUUACCCUGUGAUCCGAAGGCGACUGCGUGGCAGAGGCUGGGUGGAGAGAAAGUUUCCCAAGUUGCCGAAACCUGUUCACAAGCAGGAGCGCAUGCCUGAUGGGGAGCAGGAGGAAGAUGGAGAGGAUAGUGAUGUGGCUGACGAUGAUGAUGAUGACGAUGAAGAAGAGGAGGAAGAUGAGCAAGAUGAUGAUUCUGAUGGCACCUAUAGCCUCAUGUCGAGGCUGGUUCGUAACCAGAUCCCCUACUUCAUCUGGACCAACCGGCGUGAUGUCAUUGACUGCCGCUUUCUGCGCAGGGACCAGAUGAUGAAUCACUAUGCCAAGGCAGGCACCUUCACCACUAAGGUAGGGCUGUGCCUUAACCUACGAAACCUGCCAUGGUUUGACCAGGCUGAUGCUGAUACAUUUUUUCCACGUUGUUACCGUCUGGGAGCUGCAGAUGAAAAGCAUGCCUUUAUUGAGGACUUCCAGCUCACUGCAGCCAGGAGCCUUCUCAAAGUGGUGGUGAAACGAUACUGGAGUGAGCCCACCUUCAUGACAGCGUUGGACACGUAUCAGGAUGAGCUCCCAAAUGAACAGGAGUCUCCAGAAGUCAAGCAGUGCACCAGCCGCAAGAAAGGGGUCAUAGUCUCAUCCCAACUGAUUGAAACCGCAAUACAUGCCUGUGAGGAGCACUUGAGCAGCUUGAGGCACCAAGACAUUGACAGAGACUUUGGAUCUCCCCUGCUAAUGACAAAGUCACACUGGGAAAAAUUUCUAAGUGGCUACCACCAGGUAGUCCACGAGGGGGCACAGAUGGUGCAGACAGGGGCCCAUGUUGAGCGGUGUGAAGACAUGCUGUACCGGCUAGCAAAGGUUGUUCCACAGUUGGACAUGGAAGGUGACAGGAACAUUUGGAUUGUAAAGCCAGGAGCCAAGUCCCGGGGAAGAGGCAUCCUGUGCAUGGACCGCUUGGAGGAGAUCGUGAAACUAGUGGACUGCGACCCCAUGAUUGUCAAGGAUGGCAAGUGGGUGGUGCAGAAAUAUAUCGAGACGCCCCUCCUGAUAUUUGGCACCAAGUUUGAUCUGCGCCAGUGGUUCCUGGUGACUGACUGGAACCCACUCACCAUUUGGUUCUACCGACACAGCUACAUCCGCUUCUCUACGCAGCCUUUUUCCCUCCGCAACCUAGACACCUCCAUCCAUCUGUGCAAUAACUCCAUCCAGAAGCAUUAUGAGAACUCGCUGAACCGCCACUCUGAGCUGCCCCCUGACAACAUGUGGUCAUCUGAGCAGUUCCAGGUCCACUUGCGGCAAAUGGGGGCACCAGAAGCUUGGACUCAGGUGAUUGUGCCUGGUAUGAAGGCAGCAAUCAUUCACGCCAUGCAAACCUCACAGGACUUAGUAGAGUUCCGCAAAAACAGCUUUGAACUCUACGGUGCAGACUUUCUUUUUGGAGAAAACUACCAGCCAUGGCUGAUUGAGAUCAAUGCCAGCCCAACCAUGGCAGCCUCCACUGCUAUUACCACUCGGUUGUGUGCCAGCGUGCAGGAGGAUACCCUACGUGUGGUCAUUGACCGCAAGUAUGACCGCACUUGUAGUACUGGAAACUUUGAGCUCAUUUACAAACAGGCUGCUGUGGAGGUCCCCCAGUAUGUUGGCAUUAGCCUUUUGGUAGAAGGUUCCACUGUUAAGAAACCUCGGCCGGCCUGCCAAAGAAGCCCUGGGGCAGGUGAUGGAAAGUAUGCCAGUGACCCACAGCAGCCCAAGGCCCCUAAGCUGAGUCACCGCCGCAGUAACCACAGUAGCCCCCGGGUCCCUACCCCAUCCUUGACAGCAAGAAAUGGCAAGAUAACAGAGCUAGCUGCUCCUGGGAAGGAGAACAAAGCCAAGGAGAAGGCUCCCUCCAGCAAGAUCCCCUCUUCAACUUCUGCCAGAUUCAAGCUGCCCAACAAAUCAGACCCCUGUAACAGAAGGGUGCUGAUGGCACACAGCAUGGCUACCUCCGCUAUCGUCCCAGGGGACAAGUUGCCAUGCCCAGCCCUGCUCUGUGUCAAAUCCGGCUCCCAGAAGCUGGCCACUGACCCACAGGCGUCUACUUGCAAUCAAGCCAAGUCUUCCAAGCUGUCUGGUGCGUUGGCGCAGGUACCCAGCAAAGCGAUCAAAUUGCCAGGCCCUGCUGUAGCCCACAGGCUCCCCUGCCUCUUCUGCAGAGACGGAAAAGCCUUGACAAGUUUGCAAGUGGUGUGCCGCUGCUCCAGAGCUGGGGCUUUGCUUCCGAAAGUUCCCAGACUCCGCUACCGCAAGAGGGUUGCCACUUGCCCGGUGCAGGUGUACAAAGAGGCCCUGAGGGCUUCUGGGACAGCCCUCUUCCCUUCACUCUUCCCUUGAGGACCUUCCUUGCUGACCAGCCCAGCAUGUCGAAUUGCCUCUCCCUGCCUCCUUCCUCAUCUCUGCCGGAGGGAAGCCUUGGAAGCUAGCUUUCGCUCAGACGCCUCUCAGCUUCAGCAGCAACUGGGAUGUUUCCCAUUUCUUGGAUGACCGCAGUAACAGCCGCGUGCUUUUCUGGUGCCCAGUUUCGAAAACCAAAUGGCUCUAUUGCUUUAGGAGGGGAGACAAAGACUCUGGAACCAUGUGGAAUAAUUGCCCCAUCUCAAUACUUCUGUGGCUGACUGACCUUGUGGCUUCAGUCUGGUAAGAGUCUGGCUAGGGUUCCGUGGAGCCUCCCCUUAGAAAUAUGCCUGGGUCUGGGACUCCCAGAAGACCUCUAGGGCCUAAUAUGAUGCUUGAAUCAGCCUCCUAGUCACUGAAAAUUAUUUAGACUGUUCAAUUUGCUUAGAAAAGCCCUCAAAGUGGGUAAUGGAGGCUCCUGCUAUGCUCUGUAUGUGAGCUUUUUCCUUCACGAGGUGGGAAGGCUUCCUGAAGAGACAGAUCCCUCAUCCUGAGCACUCCCAACACAUCUUUCUCUUUCAUCCACCAAGAAGAGACUCAAAGCCAUGACCAAAGAAGACUGAGCAAGAGAGGCCUGCUGGGUGAAGAAGAUCCACUAGCUAAGGCACAGGAGAGGGCAGUGACAGAUCCCCCCACAGGGCUAUACCAGUUGGCACAUAUUAGAAACCAAACUUACAAACCCUUUCAGGAGGACAACAGCUGCUUCUGCUGCACCCUCUCACAGGGUAAUGAAGAGCCAUGUUUCUGACAACAGCAGUACUUCAAUGUGUGUAGCUCUUUUGAGUGUUAAAAGUGCUUCACAGGCACUGACUCGCCAUCCUUACACCACCACUAUAAGAUAGAAAAGUAUCCUAUUAUGUAUGAGUGUUAAAGGCUGAAGCGGGACCUAAAGGCCCCCUUGUGAGUUCAUGGUAGAGGUUGGAUUCCAUAACAUGAUGCCUUAAAUAACAGGGCACCAGCUUUUGAUCUUGCUGAUCCUAAAGGUGGGGAUCAAAACUGACAGCUGAAGAGCAGAAUGUGGCACCCCAGAAGCCAAUUCAGAGGUGAGCACGUCUGUGCAGAGAGGCUGCUUGCUGUGGCUACAGGACUUGCCGGCUGUUCAUUCAGAGAGAUGGCUGGCCUACUUUCACAGGGGUGGCCAACCUGAGGCUCUCUAGCUGUUGUUGGACUACAACUCCCAUCACCCCCAGCCAUAAUAAAUGGCAGCUGAGGAUGAUGGGGGUUGUAGACCAACCAUGUUGGAGGAUCUUAGGUUGGCCUCCCUGUUCCAUUAUCUCCUCAAAGUAGCUUUCUAGUAAAAUGACCUGCUGAGCAGGACCUCUUAAACAUGAACUAUAAUUUGGCCUGCACGUAGUCAAUACCAAUAAUAAUUGUCAAUACCAGAAUAAUUAUCUUUGGGAAGGAGAAAUGCAAAAUAAAACCAGAAGAGUGUGUGUGUGUGUGUGAGAGAGAGAGUGUGUGUAUAGAAAAUCCUUAGCUUUUAUACCAGAGUGAGUUUUCCUGAAAUUUCCAUGGAAACUGUGAAAAUGAAGAAUCAGAUCAGCAUUCUUUUGUGCAAAAAGUUGUGCAUUUCAUGGGGACACUGACCCCAGUAUAGAUGUUUUAUUCUUGCACUAGGCUUCAGUUAAGUCCAUCACAUUUUUCUUGUCAAUGCUCCUGUGACAGUCAAGUUCAGCAGGUGAUAUUUUCAUUGCUGCACUUGUGUUUCCCCCCCAAUAAAGCAAGUUAAAGGCCCCCAGUUAAAGGCACAGGAGACAGCUAAGAAAAAGUGGCAAACCAAGUUUUGACCGGCCAAUGUUAAAUUUCCCUACUAGCUUUCACAGAGACCCCCUACAAGGGAGGAAAAUGCUAUUCUAGGACACAUUCAGCUGGGCUAAUUUGCCUGCACCACUCAAAUUAUAUACCUUAGAAUUAUGGGCUUGCACUCAUGUAAUAUUUGGACAAAAUUUGCAUUUGUCUCACUAGCUCAACUUGUGUGUUCAGCAUUACUAGGCUGGUGUACCAUUGUCCAUUAUGCUAGCCAUUUCCUUCCGGUUUGCAGCAGAAGCUACAUUUAUAUAGUACUGAUGGACUGCAUUUUGUCUCAGUAACAAAGCCACUGCUUUCCCUUUACUCAUCUCAGAGCACUUUUUUCAAAAGCAACAACAAAAAACUCCUCUAAAGUUUUUUUUUUGGUUGAACCAUCAAACAUUCAACUAGUUGUGUUUGAAGUGCUUGAAACCCAAAAACAAAGCAUAUGGAAGAGGGGCAAAUAGGAAGAGGCAAUCCAGAUUCAGUCCAUAAGCUGCAUCUGUCCUUUGAGGGAGGAAGAUGGUGCCAGGGGCAAGCAGAGCUCACCUCACAGCAGAAAAGCUGGCACUUGUGCUUGUUCCUGGUUACAUCUUCUUGUAGGCAAUAUUUCCUUCUAGUUUGGAUGUCACCUCCCACCCCCAUUAUUAUUUUCUUAUGCCUGUGAAUCAUGGAAGUCAAGCCAGCCUCUACCUUCACAUCCAGCUCUAGGUUUCCAUCUUGGUCAAAGCAGUGUUGGUGAUCAAGAAAUGAUCAAUACUUUGGUAUAUGAAAACUGGCCAGGCAGAUAGAUAGGAGUACUCCUGGGUUGAAUGCAAAGCAUCUAGAAUGCAUUGGCCUUUUGGGGAAGGGUUUAAUCAAGAUGCAUGUUCGUGAGAGCAUUAGAUGGCUCAUGAAUUCACGUUAUGCUUGGGUAUGCUGCAAUAGUACACAUUUAUAAAAAUGCCUAGAUGUGAUAUUAUUAGGGCUGCAACAACUAAAUUUAUUUUUAAAAGGUUUUGACAGGCUCAAAAGAUGCCCUUAGUUAAAUCAGGCAGAGAGACCUAUAAAAUCAAUACAGGUCCUUAAAAAUUGCAACUGCCAAGCACUAUCUUAAGAGGCAUUCCACUGUUCUUCUCUUAUAAGAGGGAAUGUCUCUGAGAAGAAAGCUGCCCAGCAUAGUGCUGGUUUUUAAUGUACAGAGCUCUAAAAUGGCAGAUGCCUCUCAGCUGAGCCCCACUGUGAUCUCUCUAAUCAGCUCAGAGCAUCUUCUUGCUAGUGCUUUUCAUGGAUGGCAAAGGCAUGGACAGAGACCCUGGAUGUCCAUGUGAAUCUGGGCAUCUACCAGGAGUAGGAUUGAAUUGUCAUCACAGAUAUUGAACAGGCUGCAUUUGUUCAGUUAUGAUAUUUUAGUGAGUGUGCCUGUUUUAGCAUGCUUUGUAUUAUAUCUCACUUGUUCUUAUCCAUCCUUAGGGUUGCCACGUCUUUACUACUGGCCCUGCUCCUAUGCCUUUAAUGGCAGCUUAAUACAAAUGUUUAGCAAGUGAAGCUUUCUCUGGUACAGAGGUAAGGCUGGGGAAAACAUUGCCUGCUAAAUUUGUGUACAAAACUGCCAGAAUGGUCAAAGAGUAGGGCCAGUCAAGAAGAUGGCAACCGCUUUAGUUCUAAACACAUAAUGAUCAAAGAAGGUUAAAAAGAAAGGUUCAACUCACCUCUUUUACAGUCCCCGAGUCCCCAGCUCUUUGAAAAUAAUCAGGAAUACAUGUUGUGUGUUUAGUGAAAUUUUAUAGUCUUCCUUGGUUUGUAUUUAUUAUAUCAUCAAUACUUAGUGGUUUGUGAAUUCUAGUUUGUAAAAAAAAAAUAAACUUUUGUGACAU